AUGACUCGUGGCAACCAGAGAGAUCGCGAUCGCGCGAAGAACAACAAGGAGCAGUCCAAGAAGAAAUCCAAGAACGAGCUUACUGGUACGGAGUUCCAGCGGAAGAAGGAGAGCGAUGCUGCCAAAAUGCAGGCCAAGCAGAAAGCAGAGAAUGUCGGCCUCCAGAUCCUUUGCACUCGAUUCCACUGA